AUGGCUACCACUUCGCUAACUGCGGCUCGCGUGCUGGCGUGCCCGUCGCGCACGGCCUCACGGGUCGCUCCUAAAAGCGCGCCACGUGUCGUCUGCGUGUCAGUCGGUCCUUCCUCCACCCCGUCCUCCUCCUCCGCGUCCUCCGCGUUUCCCGCCACCGCCAAGUCCGGAAGCUGCUGCGGCUCGCCAUCAACCGGAUCUGUUUCCGCUGCAGCAGCAGCGUCCGCAGCGGUCACAGCCGCGCCGCCUGCCGCGUCAACCGCAGCGCCCGCGUCGCCGCAGCUGACUCCGUCGCUGACAUCAGCAGCGAGCGAUGCGGCGGCGUACGCAAUUGCGAACCCACCGAGAACGGACUGGACAAGGGACGAGAUCCAGGCCAUCUACUCGUCGCCGCUGCUCGACCUUAUUUUCCACGGGUCGCAGGUGCACCGCGCGGUGCACAGGAACAGGGAGGUGCAGCAGUGCACGCUGCUGUCCGUGAAAACCGGCGGGUGCUCCGAGGAUUGCUCCUACUGCGCGCAGUCGUCGCGCUACGACACCAGCCUGGAGCCGGAGAAGUUCAUGCCGGAGGACGAGGUUAUCAGCGCCGCGAAAAAGGCGAAGGAGAGCGGCAGCACGCGGUUCUGCAUGGGGACGGCGUGGCGUGGCGCCACAGGGCACACGGACGACUUCAACAAAGUGCUGGGCUACGUGCGCACCAUCAAGGACAUGGGCAUGGAGAUGUGCUGCACGCUGGGCAUGCUGACGGAGCAGCAAGCAGUGCAGCUGAAGCAGGCGGGGCUCACGGCCUACAACCACAACCUCGACACCUCCCGCGAGUUCUAUCCCAACGUCAUCAGCACUCGCACCUAUGACGAUCGCCUGCAGACCAUUGCCUAUGCUCGCAACGCUGGCAUUUCAGUGUGCUCCGGAGGCAUCAUUGGAAUGGGAGAAGCAGCGGAGGACAGGGUGGGCCUGCUCUAUGAGCUCGCCACCAUGCCGCAGCACCCGGAGAGUGUCCCGGUCAACCUCCUCGUCCCCAUCCCCGGCACGCCUCUCGAGAGCCAACCACGCGUGCCGGUGUGGGACGUACUCCGCAUGAUUGCCACCGCCCGCAUCAUCAUGCCGCAAGCCAUGGUGCGCAUGUCCGCCGGGCGGCUCGGCUUGUCUGUAGCGGAGCAGGCGCUGUGCUUCUUGGCUGGCGCUAAUUCGAUUUUUACUGGGGAGCGGCUGCUGACGACGGCGAAUAAUGACAAGGAUGAGGAUGCGGAGAUGUUUCAGCUGCUUGGGCUGCUGCCAAAGCCUGCCAAUCUGUCCCUUUAG